AUGGCCAUGCCCGACGCCCGGGUGACCUUCGGUCUGCGGGAGCUCUGGGCACUGCUGGCGGUGAGCGCUGUGGCGGCGGGAGCGCUGCAGUUCGGCGGCAACGAGCGGCUGGACCGGAUCGCCGUGUUCCGGCAGUUUAUGCGCAAGUCCCAAGCGGACUUGCCGCCCGUGGGCUCCGGGACCUGGACAAGUGUCGGCGGCCAGACGGUGGCGCUGAGCUUGCAGCUCGAGCAAGUCCCGCUGAGCCCAGCGUUGCUGAACGACUUCGAGACGGAUGCCAGGCUGCCCUUCAGCGGGGAGGAGCACUUGGACACGCCCCAGGACUCCGUGCCGGAGACAAAGCGCUGGAGCCGGUUCUUCCGGGCGAGCGCGCAGCUCCCGGAGUUGCCACAAGAGGAGGCCGCUUUGGAAGCGUUGUACCUAGAGGCGCCCGUGCUGACCCUGGAGGUGAGGCUCCAGGACGGGCGGCUGCUUCUGAACCACAGCUUGGAACUGCUGCGGAAGACCGAAGGCGGCUUCCAGGUGCCGGCGCGGCUCUGCUACGCCCUGCCGCAGAAGCCGGGGCCCUUCGGCGCCGAGGUCCUGGGCUGUGAGACGCAGAGCACGCCCUACGUGCCCAGGUCCGAGACGGAGGGCACGGUGGACAUCCAGCUGCGGAGCCAUGAGGAUCCCUACAUCGUGGCCAGCCACCUCACAAGAGGAUGCUCCAGCCAGGCAUUUGGUGAGAAUUCCACCUUCUGUGCAGGCCUGUGGCGCGCCCUGGAGCCCCGGUGCCGCUGCUUCGGCCGGCCCCGGCGCCUCUUCCGCGGGGCGGGGCUGGCGCUGUGGGGCCUCUGCUUCCACGUGGCCGCGGCAGAAGCUGUGCUGGUGCGGCGCCGAAGGCCGAAGCUCAGAGCAUCGGUCUUGGCUGCCCUGGGCGCCUCUUUGCUCUUCGCGGCCUACCGCCUCCUCGCGUGA